CACAGUCUUAAAACCCAACACUCUCGGCGAUCACCUCGGACAGCCUUCACUGAUGCGUGUAUCCGCUACCGCCAUGACGCCACUUCCAAUGAUGGCGCCCCAGGGGCUGCACAGGAGGCAUGCCUGUUCGCUCUGUGCUCGCCGCAAGGUCAAAUGCGACAAAGGCGACCCCUGUUCCAACUGCCUCAAGGCCCAGGCUCAGUGUUUAUAUGAGGCUCCCGCUCCACAUCGACCUCGGAAGAGGGCCGCCGACGAAGACCUGGUCGCCCGACUAACUCAGUAUGAAGCUCUGAUGCGGAAGCACAAUAUCGACUUCACCCACUGCGCCAACACCUGGGUCCCGUCUGGGCUGGAAGUCAAGCUGAAGGAGACCGGCUCCCAAAGUCCAGUCCUCGAAACCUCCGCGACCAGUCGUCCCAGGCCGAAGACUUACCCCUUGGAGAACACUGCGGCAAAUGUAGACCAGUGUCUAUGGUCGAAUCUGAGCCCAGAGCUCAAGAAUCCUCCCAUCCAGAGCCUGCGUCACAAAGACGACCCCUUUCUGCAUCCUACACCGCCGCUUCAGCUCAUCUUUCCAAGCACCCAGCCUGAACUCCACGAGUUACACCCAGAACCAAGACACAUCUACCGCUUCUGGCAAAUUUUUGUCGAAAGUGUCAAUCCGCUUACGAAGAUCGUCCAUGUACCGAGUCUGCAGCAGCGCAUCUUGGAUGCAAGUUGGGACCCUGCCAAUGUACCAAAGCCCCUGACGGCCAUCUUGUUCGCCAUCUACACUCUAGCUGUCACCUCCAUGUCCCCGGAUGACUGCCGGGCUUCCUUCGGCGAGACCAGGGACACCCUCUUGACGCGUUACCGAGCCGCGACCGUCCGGGCCCUUAUCGCGAGCGACUUCCUCACGACGAGGGAACUCGAGGUUCUGCAAGGGCUUGUCCUGUUUCUCCUCGCAGACCCGGAGUCCGAGUUAACUUCCACCCUGACCGGCGCCGCCAUGAGGCUGGGCCAGAAGAUGGGCCUGCACCGGGAGAAUACCGACCCCAAGAUCUCGUUCUUCGACAGGGAAAUGCGCGUCCGUCUCUGGUGGCAGUUGUGUGGACUCUGCUCUCGAAGUCGCGCCGUAUCCACCCCGGGGACGAAGCUGCCACCAUCCGAGGUUGGUGACAUCCGCCUCCCACUCAAUGUCAACGACGCGGAAUUGCAUCCAGACAUGAUCGAGCCCCCUAUCGAGCACAACGGUCCGACCGAGAUGUUGUGCGUCUUGAUGAAGUUCGAAGUCUCCAACUGGCUUCGAUCCUCGCCCACGGCCGCCCAGGUCUUCGAGAACAUCAUUCAGGGCCAUGUGAGAGGCAAGAGGGUGUCGAUGGAGCUGCAAGACGAGGCCAUCAAUGAGAUAGAGGCCACCUACCAGGAGAAGUACUUUCGUCAUUGGGACAAGCGCGUACCUCUGCAUGGUGUGACACACGCCAUGGCGAAAAUUGCCGUCGCUCGCAUGCGGUUCAAGGUUCACCAUCCCAGACGAGCGGCCGUCGGUGGUGGCGAGGUAUAUAUGACGCGGGAGGAAAGCGACAUGGUCUUCGACUCGGCCGUGAUGUCGCUAGAGAUGGUGGAUGCGGGCAUACACAGCAAGUUUUCCUCGCACCUGUUCACCCAUUUGACUUCCAAUUUCCAGAUAGACGCCUACAUCUACGUCAUCAGCGACCUGCGGCGGCGGUGCUCCGGAGACCGAGUGGCCCUGGCCUGGAAGCUAGUCGAGGAUCUUUACAGCGAGCAUCCCGAGCUGAUCGACGAUGCCGAGGACGCUUUCUUUGUCGCCCUCGGUGACUUGACUCUGGAGGCUUGGGAGGCGCGUAGAAAGGAGCUGGUUCGUGCUCGAGGUGUUCGGGAAUCCGAGGUCACGCCCCAGUUCAUUCAGUUGCUUUGGGAUAAGAGGAAGAAAGGAAAUGAGGAAAGUGUUCAUAUGCCUACCAUCCCGGAUCCUCACGGCCUUGACGGCCUCGGAUUGACAGACAAUAUCGAGUUAGACUGGGAUUAUUGGAACGACUUCUUGCAGUUAUAAGGAAAACAGGGGCUUCCUGCAGGUCCAACGUGUUGGGGUUUCCAUGUAGCAGGUCUCUGGUGUGGAAGAAGCUGAUGAGGGCAGAAGUUCCUGAUGGCAGAAGUUGAUGAGGAAGGGGAAAAGAGAGAAGAGGCCCC